CCUGAAGAUGCGAUUACGCUUAAUCAGACAUAUGCUUUCAAUUCGAUAAUGCAUUAUCGCACGAAUGAAUUUGCAUGUGACCGAUAUAAACAAACCAUAACUCCUUUAAAAACUGAAGAUAUUGAAAUCGAAGAAAUUGGCAGAAGAGAACAAUUAAGUGAAAUUGAUAUUAGUGGUGUGAAUCGGCUCUACAAUUGUUCUGAUUGUAGAAAAUUACUUGAGGGUGAUCAUGGAACAUUCAAUGUAACCAAUGAUGUAAAUACUUCAUCCAGUUCAACAAAACAUUGUGAAUGGAGAAUUGUGAAGGCAACUAGUGAUGAAGUUGUUUUCUAUAUUUUAAAUUUGAGCAUUCCUGAAAGCGAAGGCUGUCGGACUAAUUAUUUGCGAGUUAACGAUGAAUCUAAAAUGGAUUCUUUAUAUGCGAAUCUCUGUGGACAAGGCGGUUGGGAGGAAGUAGGUUCUCGAACAAACCAAUUGCUCAUUACGUACCACACAAAUACUUUCAACAGUAAACACUUUGGCUUCAACGGAUGCUUCAGGAAACAUUGUGGAGGUGACAUAGAAAUGCAAGAUGGAAAAGAGUAUUAUUUAGAAUCUCCAGGCUUUCAAAUCAGUAUACAGCUAACAAACGGUGCCUUUGAUAUCUAGUUGCGCCUUUUUACAAACGAAUUACUUUAAAAUUUGAUUAUUUUCAACUUGAAGCAUCUGAAAACUGUGAGAAUGAUUACGUCGAGUUGCGAAAUGGUGACAGUUAUUAUUCACCGCUCAUU